ACGUAGUUUCUCAAGGAGGCGCUGAGCUGGCACUACCCAGCACUUAAUCGAGUAUUGUCAUCAUUUCCUCGAAAGUGAGAAUUAAGUGCAUUUAUUGCGAUAAUUAACACUGUUAUGUGUGUUUUACAAAUUCGUUUGAGUCGUGCUACCCAAACGUUUCAACGAAAUUGAUAUAUUUUUGGAAUUUGCAGUUUGGUGAUCUACAGAUCUCUCAUCAUGGUUAACGUUAAUGCGAGGGUGUUUUUUGACGUCGAAGUCGGUGGAUUACCCAUGGGCAGGAUAACAUUUGAACUUUUCUCCGAUACUUGUCCUAUAACGUGCGAAAACUUUCGUGCUCUGUGCACGGGAGAAAGGGGACUUGGGAAGAUAACAGGCAAACCAUUGCAUUAUAUAGGGAUUAUUUUUCAUAGAGUUGUAAAGGAUUUUAUGAUUCAAGGUGGAGAUUUUUCAGUGGGUAAUGGAACAGGUGGAGAAUCGAUCUAUGGUGGUACAUUUGCAGAUGAAAAUUUUAUUUUGAAACAUAACAAGCCAUUCUUAUUAUCAAUGGCAAAUUGUGGAAGAGAUACUAACGGUUCGCAGUUUUUCAUUACAACACAACCAGCGCCUCACCUCGACAAUGUCCAUGUGGUUUUUGGAGAAGUAGUGUCUGGGCAGGAAAUUAUUACACAUAUUGAAGGACUUCCAGUAGACCGAAUGUCACGUCCAUUACAAGAUGCUAAGGUUGUGAACUGUGGAGAACUAGUUUUGAAGCUAAAAGCUAAAGCGAAGAAACGAGAAACGAGACAAAGUAGCUCCGAGGACUCCGAUUCUGAUUCUUACGCCGAUAAAGCGAAAAAGAAGAAGAAGAGCAAGAAAAGCAAAAAACGAGCGAAAUCUGAAGAUGGUGAAGUCCGGGAUUCUAAUGAAGAGGAUAACAAACAACUCAAUCCACUAGUGUCCGUCACCAAAAUUGAUCCUGACGAAAUUCCGGAAGUGCCAGCAAAUAAAUUUUUAUAUCGAGCAGGUUCCACCAAUAACGCAAACCAAAAGGAAUUUAGGCAGCAUUACGGAAGGGAUCGCAUACGAUCUCACAGAAAGACUGGUCGUGUCUUUAAGGGUAGAGGAAUAUUCCGAUAUCAUACUCCUUCUCGGAGUCGUUCCAGAAGCAUAACACCACCUCAUUGGAAGCAAGCUCAGAACCGUACUAUCAAACUGCAUGAAUUUCAAAAAAUAGAAAAGGAACGUAUCAAGAAGGAAGAGGAGGUCAAGCAACGCGAGACUGACAGAAGUAAAAAAUUCAUGGACAAUUCUGACGAGAACAAUCAAUUGUCAAAUGAUUUGGAUAACAACGCGUUCAUCACUGAAAUGGAGAAUAAGGAGAACGAUCAGACGGAUGAGGCAACAAUUAUGAAUAAAAUGGCACAGCAGCAGGACGAGAAUGCCAAGAGAAACGCAGAAGGGAAUAAUCUUACUGUGCAGAACAAGGAGGAGAUUAAGCGUAACAGAAACGAGAGAUCGUUGAAACGUGACUCCAAUCGAUCCUACAACGAUAGGAGCUCCCGCCGUGAUUCCAGGAACAGGAGUAGAAGACGGGGGUACUCUCGAUCGAGAGAUCGUCGACGGUCCCGGGAGAGAGACUACGAUUAUCGCGCGAACCGCGACAGACGAAACCGAAGAAAUUAUUCUCCUCGCAGACGUGAUUACAGAAUUACCAGGCCCGGGAGGGACAGUUACAAGUACUACGACAAACGCAACGAAAGACGUCCGAAUAAUUCCAAUUCCCAUCAAGACAACGAUGCCAAUUCACGCUACGACAAGAACAAACACAAGAAAAGCGACAGCAUGUCGGACAUGACUCAACCGAAAUUCAAACGUCGUUCGCGAUCGAACAGUUCCAGUAGCCAGCACUCCAAAGAUUAAUUCACGUUGUUACGCGUCUCGUACUUUCGCUUUCUGUCGAGCACGAAACUUGUAAUGUCACGAUCAUGCUACUGAACGACAUCACUUAUAUUAUUAAUUUACGAAUCCAUAUAAUAAUGUUGCAGCAGUGUAGUCUUAAUUCUCUUUUGAUCAUUUACUUCUAAUUAUUGUAUCUGUUUUGUCACCAAAAUAAACGGCAAAAUCUGUCUA